UAGACGUGUGGUUUCAAAACACUCGCGCCACUCACUGGCGUCACGAAAGCGAGACUUGUAUUCAGAAUUAGAUAACUGACCUACAAUAAACCCGUGAACGCAGCGAUAUUCAUCGCCCAUGCAGUAUUUACAGUUGGCCUCAUUUACAGUCAGAUAUUACUGAAAAGGACUCUUUGCUCGAGAGGACGUGGUUCAGUGAAGUUUGGUGUUUAUGUUGUGAUUUGCAGACAUGCAGUCAUCAAGCAGCUCAACAGCCUCCAGCAGCACCCCGCCAAGAUACGCUUUCAUAGAUUUUAUGGACGUGGGCAGCACAAUGACCUUAUCACAAGAACUUGCCAAUUUAACAGAAGAUGCAGGACAGGAGCUGGAGGCAGAGGGGAAUGUUCUGUUUGGUUCAAUUCAAGGCUUAAUUGUUGGUUUGCGAUACUACACUGGAGCGGUCAAUAAAGGAGAGAUGGUAUCCUUGGUGAGAGAGCCGCACAAUCCCUAUGACCGAAAUGCAGUGAUGGUUGCCAAUGUGUAUGGCAGUCAGGUGGGGCACAUCAAGAAAGAGCUGGCAGCUGCAAUGGCCUACAUUAUGGACAACAAACUGGCCAGGGUGGAGGGGAUUGUGCCCUACGGAGAGAAAAAUAAGUUCUCUAUGCCAGUGAUUCUCACCUUUUGGGGUAAAGAGGAGAACAGGGAGGUUGUGAAUAAUCUGAUGAUAGGCUUUGGUUUCAAUCUGGACUUCAGAGGAGGUUCUUCACAAACAUCUCUGGGAAGAGAUCUUCUUGGAUUAUCCACAAAACUAUCUGCCAUUCCUUUGUCUGCUGAAGAGCUGAAAAAUGCCUUUGACAAGCUAUUUGAUGAUUUAAUGGAGGAUAAAACGAAAGAAAUGGAGCCAGCAGAGGCAGUAUGUACUCCUCUGCUGUCCCAUCAGAAGCAGGCCCUCUCGUGGAUGAGCUCUCGUGAAAACAGCAAUGAUCUGCCCCCGUUUUGGGAGGAGAACAAAGGCCUCUACUUUAAUGUUCUCACUAACUUUGCUGUGAAGAAGCGACCAGAGAAAGUGCUCGGAGGGAUUUUGGCUGAUGAUAUGGGGCUGGGGAAAACCCUCACCACUAUUGCCUUGAUAGUCUCGAAUUUUCACAACGGGAAGCCUCUGCCACUGGAAAAAUGUAAAGGACCAUCCAUGCCUUCUGCUAAGAGAAAGCAAGCAACUUCCAAAGAGAAAGGUGUAGACAGUGAAGAAUCUCAGGAAUCAAUGGGUUUAUCCCCAUUAAAAAGACUGCAUGAUGACACUGUUAGGGAAAAUGGACCUCAGAAGAAAACAAAAACCACAAAGAAAAAGUCUGCCAACACCAAGAAAGCAGUGGUUCUGCUGGAUGAUGUGGAAUUCGCUGCCGCUCUAGAGUGCAGUUCCUCACAGGUUGUGCCUUCAAAAAAGUGUGUGAAGAAGAGCUCUGUACCAUCUGAAAUCAGUGCGGGCUCUGUGGCCAGAGCCACUUUAAUUGUAUGUCCACUGUCUGUCCUUAGCAACUGGCUGGACCAGUUUGAGCAACAUAUCCGAACAGAUGUCACAGUAAAAGUGUACCUGUACUAUGGUUCUGAGCGCAAUAGAUCAGUCAGCCUUUUGUCAGAGCAAGAUGUGGUUCUCACAACAUACAACGUGCUUUCCUCUGAUUUCGGGAACAAAGCCAGCAGUCCUUUGCAUAAUGUGAAGUGGCUGAGAGUGGUUCUGGAUGAGGGUCACGUUGUCAGAAACCCCAACGCUCUUCAGAGCAAAGCUGUACUGGAGCUCCAGUCAGAGCGCAGGUGGAUCCUGUCAGGAACCCCCAUUCAGAACUCUCUGAAGGAUCUGUUCAUGCUGCUGUCUUUCUUGAAGCUGAAGCCGUUUGAUGUGAAAGAGUGGUGGAGCAGAAUCAUUCAGAGGCCUGUGACCAUGGGAGACAGAGUUGGGCUGAAGAACUUGCAAGCGCUGGUGAAGGGCAUCACACUGAGACGCACUAAGAACAGUAAAGUGGGCGGACGGACGUUGGUUCAGCUACCAGAGCGGAGAGUGUUUGUGCAGUAUGUAACUCUUUCUGGGAUGGAGAGGGAAAAGUAUGAACGAGUCAAGGGGGAGGGCAAGAAUAUCGUCGGCAGAUAUUUCCAAGAGGGAACGUUCAUGGCAAACUAUGCUGAUGUGUUGACCAUCUUGAUGCGUCUGAGACAGUGCUGCUGCCACCCCAGUCUGGUGGGCAAUUACACAGCGGCAGAUGUUCCUGGGACGCCUAGUGAGCUGCGGGAGCGUCUGAUCCAGAAGAUCACAUUAGUGCUGAACUCGGGCUCAGAUGAGGAGUGUGCCAUCUGUCUGGACUCCCUCCGUCAGCCCGUCAUCACCUACUGUGCUCAUGUGUUCUGCAGACCCUGCAUCUGUGAGGUCAUCCGCUCGGAGAAGGAGCAGGCCAAGUGUCCUCUGUGUCGAGCUCAGAUCAAGACCAAAGAACUAGUGGAGUAUCCUGGAGAACAAGCGGAGACUCGGUCAGACACUGGAGAAAACUGGAGAUCCAGCUCCAAAGCGCUCGCUUUGAUGAGCAACCUGUUGAAACUCCGCAAUGAAGAUCCCACUGUCAAGAGUAUGGUGGUCUCUCAGUUCACCGGGUUUUUAGAUGUCCUUGAAGUCGCCUUAAGGGAAUAUGGCUUCUCUUUCACUCGCCUGGACGGCUCUCUGAUCCAGAGGGCCAGAGCAAAGGCCAUCGAGGACUUUCAAGACUCCACUCCAGGAAGCCCCACAAUAAUGUUACUAUCACUCAAAGCUGGAGGCGUUGGGCUUAAUCUGACCGCAGCCUCCCAAGUCUUCGUGAUGGACCCUGCCUGGAAUCCUGCGGCUGAAGAUCAGUGUGUCGACAGAUGUCAUAGACUGGGCCAGAGCAGAGAUGUGGUGAUCACUAAGUUUAUCGUGAAGGACUCAGUGGAGGAGAACAUGGUGAAGAUUCAGAAAAAGAAGCAGGAGCUGGUGGAUAAAGCUUUUGGAGUGAAAAACUCACAGGAUGCAAAACAGGCCCGGAUAGAUGAUAUUCGAGCACUCAUGGAGCUUUAGUUUUCCUGCGAACACUAGUGAAGUUCAGUUGUUUAUUAAAGCAAAUCCUUUGAAA